AUGGAGCUGGCGAUGGAGAACCUGGGCAGCCUGCACGGAGUCCCGCACUCGCAGCCCGCCGAGCUGCUGAGCCCGGCGCACGGGCGGCAGGGCUCACACCGCAACCUGGUGCCGCACGGCCGGCCCGCCAUGGUCUCGGGUAUGGCCUCCAUCCUGGAGGGGGGCGAUUACCGCGCCGAGCACAGCCUGGCCGCCCCGCUGCACCCCGCCAUGAGCAUGUCCUGCGAGUCACCCUCCGGUAUGAGCCUGAGCAGCACCUACACCACGCUGACCCCCCUGCAGCACCUGCCGCCCAUCUCCACCGUCUCGGAGAAGUUCCACCACCCGCACCAUCACCACCACCACCACCACCCGCACCAGCGCCUGGCCGGCAACGUGAGCGGCAGCUUCACCCUCAUGCGCGACGAGAGGAGCCUGGCCUCCAUGGGCAACCUCUACAGCCACUACCCCAAGGACAUGCCGGCCAUGGGGCAGCCCCUCUCGCCGCUGCCCAACGGGCUGGGCAGCCUGCACAACGCCCAGCAGCCGCUGGCCCCUUACGGUCCCGGGGGCCACUUGCCCAACGAGAAGAUGCUCUCGCCCAACGGCUUCGACUCGCACGCCGCGAUGCUGUCCCGGGGCGAGGAGCACCUGGCGAGGGGACUGGCGGCACCCAGCUCGGCCAUGAUGCCACCUCUCAACGGGAUGCACCCACACGGCCACCCGCACGCCCAGCCCGGCGGUUCCCUCCUGGGCGAACGGGAGCGUCAGGCCUCGGCUACCGGCUCCCAGCCCGGUGGCUCCGGGCAAGUGGAGGAGAUCAACACGAAGGAGGUGGCUCAGCGGAUCACGGCCGAGCUGAAGCGUUACAGCAUCCCGCAAGCGAUCUUCGCGCAGAGGAUCUUGUGCCGCUCCCAGGGGACCCUCUCGGACCUGCUGCGGAACCCCAAGCCCUGGAGUAAGCUCAAGUCCGGCCGGGAGACUUUCCGGAGGAUGUGGAAAUGGUUGCAGGAGCCGGAAUUUCAGAGGAUGUCGGCGCUCAGGCUGGCAGCUUGCAAACGCAAAGAGCAAGAGCAGCAGAAAGACAGGAGCCUGCAGCCCAAGAAGCAGCGGCUGGUCUUCACGGACCUCCAGCGCCGCACCCUGAUCGCCAUCUUCAAGGAGAACAAGCGCCCAUCCAAGGAGAUGCAGAUGACCAUCUCGCAGCAGCUGGGCUUGGAGCUCAACACCGUCAGCAACUUCUUCAUGAAUGCCCGCCGGCGGUGUAUGAACCGCUGGCAGGAGGAGCCAGGCACCAACCCUGGAGUCCCCUCUUCUUCUACAAGCACUUUCUCCAAAGCAUGA